CCCUACGAAUAUUUGAGGGCAGCAAAUUGAACAAUGAAGGAGCCCGAGAAAGAAGAGAGUUGGACUUCAUUGUUUUAACUAGUUUGGAUUCUCGAGGGCUUGAAUGUGCUCUCAAAACGCACAUUAAGCCUCUACGGUCACUAGAAUUGACCCUAAAUCCUGGGUUGGGACAAAGCUCAUGAAUGCUUUUGAAGACCUACAGUAUCAGAUACCUUUCGUACCUUCUCUGAGUACUGUACAAUCCCAACCGUUCUAACCUCUCCCAAUACAAGAGCUCUCUCAUAUCUUCAAUGUUCCUGGUAAAACAUCUUUGGACCUGCUCGAGCUUUUGCAAACCUGCUGAACUAAUUGGAACCCAAAUGGCGAGCCAUAUUCAAGAUGCGGCUGAACAAUCGACUUGUACAGAGUUAGCAUCGUGACAUUAUCUCUGGACUUAAACGUGCGAUAUAUCCAAUCACAUGUUUGAAAAGCCUUACCAACUUUCAACUGGAUAUGCUCAUCGAACUUUCCAUUAUCUUGGAGGACGUUUUUUUUUGUUGUUCUCUGCCUCAUUUCAGACUAGCAAAUAUGUUUGUUCUCAUCAGGAGUAGGUGGAAUCGAGAACACAUUUGUUGACGAAUCUACCAGUUUGCCUCUCAGCUAUCAGUUUGCUUUCACCAGCCAACCAUUCACCACUGCUCCUUACUCUCAUCCGAUCCAAAGGCAUCUCGCCAGUUUCUUUUAUACCAACCUUUGAGCAAGUCCAAAUCAACAUGAUGAUUGCAAAUACAUGCCUUUUGGUCACUUUAACGAUCUUAAUCCAUGGACAAGUUGGUAAAUCCCAUUUCGCCUCCUUUCGUCAAGCCACUGACUCGUUAAAGAGUGAUACCCCAAGAAUCUCCGUUGGCGAAAUGAAAGAUCGUUUGGAAUCCGAUGAGGGCUCCGGAAUAAUGGAAACGAUGUUAAAUGUGGGAGAAUGUCAAGGAACUGGCUCUGAAGUUUUUAACAUUGACCUGCAGAAUCCGAGUGGAUGUUAUAUUUUCCAAACCACUGGAUUCAACAUGGGGGGAUAUCCGAAUAAUACAGGACGUUUUUCUCGAUACUUCUGCGAAUACGCCAUUCAGUUUGGGGCUACUGUAAGUGGAACGGUGACCGUUAAAGAAAAAGAUUUCCAGUUCCAAGAACCGAAGAGUGAUGGAUCUUGCGCUGAUUAUGUAAGAGUUUUUCGUGUGAACGAUGAACAGCAAGAAAAUGAUAAUAGUGACUCCGAUGACCGAAAUUCGCGUACAGAUGCCAUUGAUUAUUGUGGCACAAUUACAGAAGACAAGAUCCGCGAUUUCUCUACCAAUAAAUUUAUCAUUGCAUUAUACGCCGACGGAUCAGUGAACGGCAACGGAGCCGAGAUUGUUUUCUGCAUUGAUUAGAAGAGUUGGGGGUCAAAAGCCCGAUUCUAUGUUUUUACCACUUUUAUGUACUAUGAAGUGAUUAUUUUGGUUGAUUUGUUUUUCUUUUAUUUUGACAGACUUCAUAGUUUCGAACAUGUAGAUUAAAUGAAAUAUUUGGUGUUCAUGUGAGCGAGCUUUGUGUGAAAAUAAAGAACAGAGAAUCAUUUCAAGAACACAA